ACUGAGCAGCAGCAUUCAUUGCCCGAGUCGCAUGCGUAGAAGAUUGUGUGGGUGAAAAUAUUUGCCGCAGAAGUCGGUGCACUUGUUUAUAGUUCUCAUCGAAUUUCCACCUUUUGGCUUUGUAUUGUGAAAGACGGAAAUGUAUGGUUUGUUCUUCCAAAGGUAUAAAUAGUGACUAAAUGUUUUCGCAGCUUCAGACGUAGGAAAUUAUAGGAGGAGCGUGUUAUGACUACCUGUGCCAUCCCCAAACAGUAACAAGCUGUCACCGGAGUGCCUGUGAGAAGACUGAGUGCUGCGGUAGAGAAAAACAAUACCGAGUUAUUGUACGUACGUAUAAGACCAUAUGGUCAUUCAAUGAGAGAUCUGAUCUGGGGGUGGUAGCUGUUAUAAGUGCCGACCAAAUUCGUAACCCGGUACUCACAGAAAGAAGCAGCGCCAUUUAAAACUGAAGCUGCUAGCGAAGUUUAGAAGAACUCUCAAUUGCCAAUUCCACAAUUGCAGUUGCCAUCUGUGAACCUGAUAGCUAUUGAAAGUAAUCUAAUCGUUCGAGGAACAAAACAGGAAAUUAAGCGUCUUGCAGGACUGUGUCAUAACUUUAAGGUACAAGAUAAACUGUCGGCGAGGUCAGUGUUACCUUUACUUGGAGACAAGGGGAGACGGCAGGUACGGAGAACGGGCAAUUUUUCUGCAAUAAAAGCCAGACUUUUUAGUGUUUAUCUCUAAGGACAGUUCUCACAUAGAGAGACGGGCACCUGCAACGUACCAGGCAUCAUGGCGGCCAUUACAGCUGACUCCCUGACAAUAACGUUCUUCCUUACUUUGAUGGUUUUAAGUUCACCUUUGGUACACUGUGUGAUCAACUCUCAAAUGCUUAGAGAUGCACAAAACCUCGACCAAGCGCCAUACGGAAGAUACAUCGAAGAAGACAUAGUGAUACCAAACGAUUCACAAGAAGAAGAAAAUUCUCACCGAUAUCAAUCACAAGCUGUAAGUCUAAAACGUUUGGAGUACUUAUUUAACAAACUUGAAAAUAACAUCAUGAGAAACGAACCUCUUAAAAGACAGUGGAGUAAAUCUAUGACAAUGUGGGGCAAACGAUCUCCAUAUUUUUAUUCGGAAGAUAUGGAGGAUCCACACGCACUUCGUCUUCGGAGACGUUCGCUGGAGAAAACGGAUGAUAACAACAAAACAAAGGAAAAAACAGACUUUCAAUUAACCAAUAAUGUUAUACGCAGUUGGAAAUCUGGCGGCAUGAAACUGUGGGGCAAACGGCCGUUUGAUAAAGAAAUGGAAGAAAGCCGAGACGCCGAUUUGAAAAAACUAGGCGAAAAUAUGGAUUGGAAACAAAAAGAACGUGAUCUGAAACGUUCAUGGUCCGGCAAUGCCAUGAAACUUUGGGGGAAACGUGAUAACACCUUCGAUGAUCAACACGAUAAAAAGAGUUGGAGUUCAAAGAAUAUGAAGCUUUGGGGAAAGCGCGAAGAUGACAAGCGUUCAUGGAACUCCAAAAGUUUAAAAGUUUGGGGAAAACGAGAUGUGGACCAAGAUGAAGAAGAAAACAACAAACGCUCUUGGAGUUCAAAAAAUAUGAAGCUAUGGGGGAAGCGCAACGAACAAAAAGACGGUCUAGAAUAUGAAAAACGGCCAUGGAGCUCGAAAAGCAUGAAACUAUGGGGAAAGCGUGAUAAUUCUGUUGAGGCUGACAUCAACGAAAAACGCCAGUGGAACUCAAACGGUAUGAAGGUUUGGGGUAAACGCAUGGAUGGCGAAAUAAUUGAUGAACUUAGCAACAAACGCAAAUGGAACUCAAAAGAAAUGAAACUUUGGGGCAAAAGGGACAGCGUACAACAUAACGCCUUGAAUGAAAAAAGAGGGUGGAACGCAAAAGGCAUGAAACUGUGGGGAAAACGUAGCGAAAACGACGAAAAGCGACCAUGGAAUGGCAAAGGGAUGAAACUUUGGGGAAAAAGAGACUCGUCAGGAUAUGAAAGUGAGAGCAACAACUACCCGUACCUUUACCGUAAGCACAGUAUAGAUGUAGAUAGCAAAAGGUCUUGGAAGUCCGGGGGCAUAAAACUGUGGGGCAAACGUGACAUGGUCGACGAUGAUGUUGAUUUAGUCAGUAACACAGCCGGCGGUGUGAAGAGGCCGUGGAACUCCGGCAUGAAGUUAUGGGGCAAAAAGCGAGCCUCAGAUAGCCUGCGUGAUCUUGAUUCUGCCAAAAGCGACUCCUGGAUACAGGAUGGCAAAAGAAGUUGGAUUGGCAAAAAUCCUUGGGCCACAAAAAUUGGCUUUGAUCCAUCCAAACGCUGGAGGUCAAUGAAAUUAUGGGGGAAACGUGAUUCUGGCCAAAGUCAGCAUGACUAUGAAGAUGCCUUUAACAAGUGGAACUCCAUGAAACUUUGGGGUAAAGAUUUAACCAGUUUAAUAAAGGCGGAAGUUGGAAAUAAUCCAAACACUAAAACAUUGUCGAACGAGUUUGAAGAAAAGGUUUUCGAUCAUGGCGUUGACAAUGAGACUAAUACAGAAACAGGUAGCAGUCCCUUGAAUAAGGAGAUUUCAAACGAACAUGUUACUACUCGUGCACACACCUUGAGUAAACGAUCUGGAUGGAUGCCACGAGAAGGGCUUCGUAACAUGUGGGGUUAGGGGUAUUAUCCACAGCAGUGAACACGAUGACCCUCUUCAUCCUUUUAAUAUACAGGCACCCUACUUUAUUUAAUGUCUGUUAGUAAGCCAUCUCCGAUGUCUAGUUUUCAGUUUCUUUUCUUCUCUCACUUUCUCUCAAUGUUGCUCUUCUUUCUCGUGUUUGAGUUCCUCUUUUAGUUGGUCAGUCGUAACACAAUAGUACUUCAGACAGGUCUAGUAACUAAACAGCAUCUGGACUUUGAAAGUGUUCUUCACAGAUAUGUGGCUGUAAAUUAAACAUAUAGUCUACAACUUCACACCUGUCUAAAGAUCAUCUUACGAUAAAUCAGUUUAAAAUUUGAUGUAUUUUAGAGUAACGGUAGAGUAAGACUACCCUCUACCAGAGCGACAGGUUGAUUUUCCAGAUAUUCACCGAUAUGUCUAUAGAUAAAUAGACAGUCAUUUUGGCUCUCAGUCAAAAAUGUCUACAAUAAUAACUGUGGCCCUGGUAGAGGGUAGAGUAAGACGUGUCGAAGCAUAUACGGUGUAGAUCAUGUAACAUUGCCUUCCUGGGUGGGGUUUUUGUUAAAACCUCCGGCGUAGGAAAAUGUCGACAAGUUGUCGAAGUUUUAUUCUUCAUAGAUCAUAGUCAAUGAAUACCAACACUAAAUAAUGAAAACAUUUGCUUUUCGUCAACAUAAGAAUUGUGGUUCAUGAGGCAAUGACAAUCUUCUGUUCAAGUCCAACAAAUUUACAUUUUGAUCAAAUAAGAUAACAGAACAAAAGAUAGUUACUUGCAUUCAGAAGCGAUCAUGCAAUUUGUUGGGAAUGAUUAAGAGUUUCGUUUCUCUCAAACUGUUUUU